UACAUACCCAAGCAUUGUUUACGUUGUCAAUACCAAUUGACAGUGGUAUUAUAUAUGGAGUCUGUUCUCAGGGAUAGCCGGUACAUGCACAAUGGCUGGAAGAUCCUUGAUGGCAUCGCAUGUCUUCUGAUGAUCCCAUUUCAACACAUUAUAUCCCUGACAAUAUCUUCAUUCGUAUUCACAUGUCAUGAUAAGCAGUCAAUCAUACAAAGAAUUGUAAGAUACCUCCUAGUAUGCCCUUUGAUGAUACUCUUUUCACUUGUGCUUCUGCCGUUUGGAACCAUUGGCUACGUUAUUUGGAUGCUAAUUAAUGCUUUGGCAGAUGUACAGCCAUUUGUUUAUGCAUGUCCUUUGGGAGAAAUGCAAUCUGGCAGAAAGAAGUUUCCUAAUAGAAUUACAGUAUGCUCGGCAAAUGUAUGCAUCUGUCCUGAAUACAUAGUCCGAAUAAAUAACCAGAGGAGUGUAUAUUGGCGUUCAAGAGAGAUAGGAAAGAGGCUCUUAAAUCAAGACUCAUCUUUAAACAAACAGAAUUUGGUACCGCCAGUUUACCGUGAAAAUGUAAUUUUGACUGAACUACCAGAUGCGGAUGUUAUAAUGCUGCAAGAAGUAUUUGAGAGAAUAUUUGGUUAUCAGAUGUACACACUUUUGAGAGACAAGUAUCCUUACUGCCUGUAUGAUGUUGGAUGCCACACAUUCCUAGGGAAUCAUGGUGGUCUAGGAAGUGGUUUGUUUAUAGCUUCUAAAUAUCCAAUACAGAAAGCAGUGUUUCACCCAUUUUCGUACGCAAAUGGAUAUGGCCAUUUUGUAAAUUUGGGCAUAUUGAUAGCAAAGCUAGAUCUUGGUCUUGUGGUGAAGGAUGGGAAAGAACUACAUGCAGUUGGCUACUUUUCUGAUAUGCAUGCACAGGCAUUUCAAGGAAAAGAUAAGGUUGUAGCUCAGCAGCUGCAAGAAGCAGAGAAGUUUGUGAAAAAGUUUAUUGAGGACACAAAGGUAGAAGAUGAGUUGGUUGUAUGCACAAUCUUAGGAGGAGACUUCAACUGUGAUAAUAUGUCACCAGGGGAUGAGGCAACACAAAACUCACCAAUUUGGGAUCAGUAUGAAGACCCAUGCCGGGAAUGUGCAGGAGAAGAUAAACCAUGGACAAUUGGUACAGAACACAGGCAACCAAAGAUGAAUCAUCCAUUUGUCCAAGAUAGUCAUGAGUUUCGCAGAGUUUUAUUGGAUGAUGUACAGCGUAGAUAUUUCAUUCUUGAUGCAGAUGUUCUGGAGCAAACCAUGGAACUUAUGACAUGUGACCCAAAACCAGAUAGUAAUGGCAAUGUGACUGCUACAAAGUGGGGAGGUCGACGAAGAAUUGAUCAUCUCCUUUGUCAUAAAGAGAGUUUGCUCUCUCCUACAGGGUUUUGGUUCAGCACUGUUAUUGCUGGGCUAACUGAUCACAUCCCAGUAGUACUUAUGUUAGAACUGAAUAAAGAGCAUUAUGAUUAGACAAGGUGCUUGAAUUAUGAAUGUAGUUUCCAUCCAUGUAAAUAAUGCUUAAUAUGUUUAUAAGUGUAGCUUAUGUUUUCAAGUACUACAGUGAUAGAUUUGAUAUUUAAGAAAAAUUUACCAUAUUUGAUUGCAUACAAGACCCCCUUUUUGAGGAGUAUCAUGAAAGAGUUUUUAAAUAGAUAAUAUUUAAGCAUCAAGUUUAUUAAAAUUAAUAGAUAAUGUAGAUUAUGACAGGAAAAUGCAUGAAUGAAAAAUUCAACUUUUUAAUUUAAAAUGAAGCUUGGUUUAUUUAAAAUUAUUCUCAAAGGCUACAGUCAGUUGUUGAGAAAUUUACAAAUACAGCUGUUAUUUGAAGGCUGAUUCAUAUCUUGCUACCAAAAGAAAAUACUGCUCAUAGUAUUUUUGGUAAUAUCACAUCACUACUUUAUAAAUUAAAUCCGUAAAGGUAAUGUCAUUUAAAACAUCUGUCAUGUUAGCAAUACAGAUCCAUUUAGCAGCCAAGACAGUAACUACAUAACGCGUGCUCAAGGUUCCUGGCGUCUACGUCUAUGGAUCCUCAUACGACAUGCAGUAGGUGCAGAGCCAAUUAUUGUACUGUUACGACCAGGAAUGUCGUGCUUGGCUUAAGUCGCAGUGGAGGGUGUUUUAUAGGAAGAGGGAACAUUGUAGAGUUUCGACUCUUCCGUCUUGGGAGGGAUUUGCUUCGCCUCAUAUGGAUGGUUCAUCUUCUCUCUCUCCUGCGAUCACUCUUCCGUGUCGCCUUCCUUUUCUUCCAUUGAUUCGUUGGUGGAAGUAUCAGGAGUGCCAGGGGGUGAUGUGAGGUUUAAUGUAGCCCCCUCUCCCUCAGGUUCCAAUUCUCUUUCCGAGAGGGAGGAGGUUACACCAUUUAAUUCCUUUGUUUCAUGUUCGGAGUCAUCCAAGAUGGUGGCCUUCUGGGUGUCGCUUGGGCUAUGGGGUUCACCUUCCUUGGAUGGACUCCUCUACUUUGGCUCUCGUGUGCUUCCACCUUGCCGGACCUCGUCAACAAUCUCUGGGUUGCGCCUUAUCGCUCUGCCAGUGAGGCCAUCAACUAGCUCUGGUCAUAGAGAUGUCGUGACAUCACUCCCAGCUCCCACUCAGCCAAUGACAUCAGAUGUGGCGGCCGCUCAUCCUCCCUUCUCUAUGACAUCAUUGUCCUCUCUCACUGAGCUAUCCGAGGUGUUGUUUCAAGCAGUCUUCUAGAGGCUGGACUCUGUUUUGGAAGAGAAGUUUUCUGCCUUCGCUACAAAGAAAAGGGAUCAUAAACGUAAUUUCUCUUCUCCUCCUCCUCCUGCUCCUAAGAGACCUUGAAGUGAAGGGAGUUUAGCUCCUCCUUCUUCUCCAUCACCGCCUCACCAUCAAGCCAACGUUGGAGGAUCAAGGACUUUGUGGUUUAGUCUCCUGUGAGCGGAGGGAGUGCAUCGCCUCCUGCUUCUCAUGACCGUGUUUCCUCCCUGCAUGUCUUGUGUUCAUGCAAGUGAGAGGAGUGCUUCUCCAUCUGCCCCACACAGUAGUGUUUUUCCCUCGCACAUUUGUGUUCAUGAGGUUGAUAGUGAACCUUGUGGAAGGAGGACACCUUCGUCUUCGAUGUUUGGCCGUAUGUCUCUGGUGCGUGCGAGUAAUGUAUCAUCAUCUUCUAUUCACGGCCGUGUCUCCUCAUGGAAGUGUUCAUGACAGUGAGUGUGUUUCUUCACCUUCCAUAGACGGACAUGGCUCAUCCUUGCACGUACGUGUUGAUGAUUUUGGAGGUACUCCCUCUUCAUCUGUUCCUGUUCAUAGGUGUAAGGACGAUAAGGGAAGGUUGCAGUGACGGAGGUGGUCCAAGCUGCGUCUAAGGAUUCUUCACUCGGCAAGACUGCAGUUGAUGGUAAGGAGUGGGAGGCUUCCCUAGCCUGCGGACGUGUUUCUCGUUCUGGAAGCUCUCUUCGGCGACGUUCCUUGUCUCGGGACCAUACUCGAUUGCUGUCUCACUGACGUGUACUCGACUCAUCACACGGCCAUAUACGUGAUUCCUCCUGUGAACGUGUACACGUUUCGCCUGACGUACGUGUGCGUGAUCGUUUUGACUAUGGUGUAUAUAUGUGGUUUGAGCCAGGACCAUGCACAAGUGUCGUUGCAUGAUGACGUUCGGGAUCUUUCGGUCACAGGAUCUUCGAGUUUUAGAGACUACUCUCCGACCAAUAAAGUCAAGAAUGCUAGACUUCCUAGGGAAGCUUCAUCAGUGUUGUUGCAAAAGGAGGACGAUGCUGCCAAGCCUUCAUCUUCACUUCGUCAGUCACCAUUGCUGGAGCAGGAGGGAAAUACUCAAGAUUGUUUUUGUCUUCCUUCACGGAGGUUGUUAAUCUCAUUCGUGAGUUCAGCAAUCUUGAGUGUAGGACGCAGGUUUAGUCUUUUAUCUGCCCAAUUGGUAUAGAUGUCUUGCUGGGUGCCAGUCAGGAUUCUAGGACUUCUUUUAAACUUUCCCUUUCGGGUCAUGCUCAGUCCAUUCUGCAACGUGUGAAUGCUUCGGUGUCGGACUGAGAUGGCUGUGUUGUUCCAAGGGAUCUUCCAAGUUUCUUCCUCCUCCUCCUCUCGUGCAGCAUAGGAAGUACUACUCAACUAAUGUAGUUCAUUUGAUGCCUCGUCACCUUAACCCGGACAUGAUCCAUCUUAAGCCUGGUCUAACCCUAGAGCAGUUAGAUUGGAAGGUCCUUCCUUGUCGUCACAAGAGGCCUCAGCUAUGGAGACUACAGCAGCUUCCAUCUUCCAGACGGUCUCAUGGCUUGUUUUGUGGUCCACCGCAAUAGCCAAGAUUGCUUCGGACAGGUCUGAAGCAGGUUUAGCGAGUUCUUCCUCACCCGCUAGACUUUUACAGUCCAGUGCUAAGGCGAUGUCUUACUUGGCUCACCUUAUUGCAAACUUGUGGGCAAACCACCUUCUGGCCAAUAGAGCUGCAGCACUGUCUAAGGUGGCGAGUUCAGUAGACUCUUGAGUCUUUGUCGGGUCUCAGAAAUGGGGAUCUCCUGGAUUUGCAGUUUCUGUUCCCGAAGACUGAUUUAGAGAAUACGAUUGAUCGGCAACGAGCGGAUACUAAAGACAGGCUAGUUGGUAACGGGAGCCAGAAUCAACAUACUUCUCGGACAAGGACAGCGUUCUUCAUGUACACCACCAGCCAUCUUUUUGCUGUAUAGUCCCUUGGUCCAUCAUUCCUGACAAAGACUGAGGACCCAUAUAAGAAGAAAUCCCAUUUCCUUUGGCAGCUAAUAAGAUGAGUUUCCAUCCCAAUUUUUUUUUUUUUUUUCUACACCCUACCAUUAGUUUUCAGGGUAGAGCAGUUAUACUGCAUCCUGCUCAUAACGUUUCGGUAAGUCACCCUAGUUAUACAUGUAACACACAGAUAGGAAUUUGCCCAUCCUUUGUAACACAGAUAGAUUGUUUCACCAUCCUUCGUCAUUAUUCAACUCCAUGGGACUCCUAAAUAAAAAGAUGCCAGUAAUCAUUCUCAUUACUGUACUUUACCAUGGGCCUUUUUUUUUUAUUUUUAUGGGCUAUUGAGAUUCUAUACUCAGGGGCUAGGCAAUUUCAUACCUGUCAGUUCCUUUUACGUAUAUACGCCUUUGAGAAUGAAGAGCAACUACGUUAUCAAAAAAACAACUUUUGACUUGGGGAAAAAAUGAAUUAAUUUUUUGGCAGCUGCUGAGAGUCCUAUUGCCAUAGUUUUUGGGAAUUAUUUGUGGAAUAACCUUUGUCAGUUGUUUACAUCUUACAUGUUUGUCAAAUCUUUAUAUUUGUCUGUAUUUACUGUCUUUUUGGUAAUUUUCACACAACCUGUAGAUAUAAUUUUUAAUGGAAUUUUGCCUGAAAAAAUACUGACUUUUAGACUUGUUUUAUAUGACCUGUACAAUUUUGAAUACCAAUUGACAGAUCAAACCUUAACUUUUAGUUCAUUGCAUUAUUAUUGUUAAGAAUAAUUAUUACUUCUACUAAUAAUUUUUUUUAAUAUGACACAAGUAUCAAAAGUAUUAAUACAGCACUCCCUUAAAAAACCUUGAUUGUAUCAUGAUGUACUGAAUUCAUUAAUGCUAUCACGUAUUUUCAACAAGUAAAGCACUACCUCAGUACAUUAUAAUUAUGCAAGUGCCUGGAACAUUGUAUAUAAUUGUGUACAGUUACAACAAAUUUUAACCAUUUUGCUGUAGAGUACUUCAUUACUGUAUAGUUUUUUAUAUUUUAUGGUACAUAAUUUUUAAGUGAUUCUGUGAUUUGCAUCUAUAAAUGCUGUUAUACUGCUUCUGACUACUGUAUUAUAUUACUUUGUAUAUCUAGUUUUAUUUCAAAUCUUUUUGGUUGUAUAUUUAUAGAUUUAUUCAUUAUCCUUUUCAUUAAAGGGUACAUUCUUACUUGUCCAGAUUAUAUUACAAAUGCAGAUGCUGAGGAAAAGGAGCAAUGAAUAAAUUUUUUAAAAUAACUACAAAAUUCUUAACAUCCAAUUUGUUUAUAUAAAUGAAAGUAUGAAGUAUGAGGUAGUCAAAUAUGUGAAUGAAAACGAAGUAUGGGGUAGUCAACGAAACAACAUUGUCUUUCAUAUCUGGAGUAUCAUUCAGCGCGAUUUGGUACAGCCACUGAAUCUGGUAAAAAAAAUAGUUAAAAUAGUGGAGAGAAAGGGUUCCUUAUGAUCUUGACGCAUUUGCCAUUCCAUUCUUACUUAGCAAAAGGAUACUUUAGCUGUCUGUUCCUUAUAAGAUCAUUUAAUUUUGGAGGACCCUAAAUAAAGUGUUCCCGUUACCUUGGCUAGGUCAGAAACUACAUUUGGAUUCAUCUUGUAAGUCCACAUCUGCUUUCUCCAUCAAGAGGCAUAUUUGGUGCUGUACAAGAGCAGGAGCAAGAGGGAGUGAAGGUCUGGCAUGUGUGUAACUUGAACCUCUUGGGACCCUUGAGUCCUGAAGGACCUGCUCCUCUGGAACCCCUCCAGAUGGAGUUGGAGCAAAAUUUUCAAGUGAUAAUUUAGCUUAUUCGUGCAGUAAUCUCGGGAAUAUUACUUUGGCUUCUGGCUUCCCCAUGAUCUUGAUUUCAGAGCAGACUGUAGGCUCCGUUACAGAUGCAAGAUCA